AUGUCCGCCGCCCGCGCUGCAUUUACACGAUUUGCUCCGGCGCUCAACACCUCACGGCUCCGGGGUCCAGCGGCCCGCCUUCCCGUCGCAUCCCGCAUCCUUCAGCAGAGGCGAUGGGCAAGCAGUGGAGAACAGAAUACGAUGACCGUUCGUGAGGCAUUAAACGCAGCGAUGGAGGAGGAGAUGUUACGCGACGAGACUGUCUUCAUUAUGGGGGAGGAAGUUGCGCGUUACAAUGGUGCCUACAAGGUCACAAAAGGAUUACUCGAUAAAUUUGGUGAAAAGCGCGUUAUCGAUACCCCAAUUACCGAGAUGGGCUUCGCCGGUCUAGCUGUGGGAGCUGCCCUUGCCGGGCUUCGACCUAUUUGCGAAUUCAUGACCUGGAACUUCGCCAUGCAGGCCAUUGAUCAGAUCGUUAACUCGGGAGGAAAGACAUACUACAUGUCAGGUGGAAACGUUCCUUGCCCAGUGGUCUUCCGUGGACCUAAUGGAGCUGCCGCUGGUGUCGCUGCCCAGCACUCACAGGAUUAUGCGGCCUGGUAUGGCUCUGUUCCUGGUUUGAAAGUCGUAAGCCCAUGGAGUGCUGAAGACUGUAAAGGACUGCUCAAGUCCGCGAUCCGCGAUCCCAAUCCAGUUGUCUUUCUAGAGAAUGAGAUGCUUUACGGCGUUUCUUUCCCAAUGUCACAAGAGGCCAUUAUGGAGGCUGCCGAGGAGCUGGCCAAGGAGGGUAUCAAAGCUGAAGUCAUCAACCUACGGUCGAUUCGACCACUUGAUAUUGAGACUAUCAUCAAAUCGGUAAAGAAGACCAACCGUCUUCUAAUAGUCGAGGGUGGAUUCCCUGCCUUUGGUGUUGGAUCAGAGAUCUGCGCGCAAAUCGUUGAGAGUGACGCAUUUAAUUACCUUGAUGCCCCAGUUGAACGUGUUACUGGUGCCGAUGUUCCGACUCCCUACGCAGCCAACCUCGAGGCCCUGUCUUUCCCGGAUACUCCUCUAAUUGUCAAGGUCGCGAAGCGCGCCCUUUACCGCACCAACUAG